UCUCAUAAUAGGCGCGGUUUAGCGUUAUGGGCGUGGUUUGUAGCUGGGGGCGUGGUCUGUGGCGGCGGAAGAUGGCGGAGGGCGGUGCAGCGAAGCGGCCGCGUGGGGUCGAGGAUAGGAAGGUGGACUGGCGGCGAUGGAAGCAGGAGAGGAAAGCAGAGAAGAAGAAAUGGAAGGAAAUGAAGCUACUGAAGAAGUUGGAGAAGCAGCGGCUGCAGGAGCUGGCAGAGAAGCAACCCAAGGAGCAGGAAGAGCAGAAGGAAGACGCAGGUCGUCACUACACGCUGAGUGUAGCCCUGCCGGGCUCUAUCCUCAACAACGCCCAAUCGCUGGAGCUGCGGACAUACCUCGCUGGGCAGAUUGCUCGGGCCUGUGCCAUCUUCUGCGUGGAUGAGAUCGUGGUGUUUGACGAGCAAGGGGAAGAUGUAAAGACUGUGGAGGGGGACUUCGAAGGAAUUGGGAAGAGAGGGAAGGCUUGUGUGCAGCUGGCUCGGAUCCUGCAGUACUUGGAGUGCCCUCAGUACUUGAGGAAAUCCUUUUUUCCAAAACAUGAGGAUCUGCAGUUUGCAGGGCUGCUCAACCCCCUGGACAGCCCCCACCACAUGCGGGUGGAUGAGGAUUCGGAGUACCGAGAAGGGGUAGUGCUGGACCGACCAACUAAGCCAGGCAAAGGCUCUUUUGUGAACUGUGGGAUGAGGAAGGAGGUGCAGAUCGACAGACAGCUGAAGCCCGGCCUGCGAGUCACCGUGCGCCUGGAGGAACCCCAGAAGCCAGAAGCCAAAGUGCGGAAAGGCACCGUGGUGUCCUCACACCAUCCUCGGACGGUGUCGGGCUUGUACUGGGGCUACAACGUGCGCCUCGCCUCGUGCUUGAGUGCUGUCUUUUCGGAGUGCCCGUUCAAGGAAGGCUACGAUCUCUCUAUUGGGACCUCAGAGCGGGGCAGCUCCGUAGACCAGGCUACUCUCCCUUCCUUCAGGCACGCCCUGGUCGUGUUUGGAGGGCUUGAGGGCUUGGAAGCUGGGGUUGACGUAGACCAAAACCUGGAGGUCACCGACCCAAGCGUCUUGUUUGACUUCUACCUGAACACUUGUCCCAGCCAGGGCAGCCGAACCAUCCGGACUGAGGAAGCGCUGCUGAUCUCUCUCUCUGCACUGAGACCUCACAUCAAUGAGGCUGUGAAGACACCCAGCAACAGCUGAGGGAAAGGAAAACCACUGACCUUGCCAUCGGCUGCGGAAUGCCUUGAUAAGCAGCUGUUCAAACGCGGGGUGCGGGGCCAAUCACUCCAAGAGCUUGGUGGGGCCAAGCGUGACCGAAGAUGGCAGUGUUGCCUGAACAAAUGUCUGGCUGCCUGUGGGACCAGUGUCUGUGCCCUCCUGCCUUUGUCAUCCAGCCAAGGACUGGUUGCUGCCCCUCGGCAGUUGGGAUGAGCCCAGCGGCAGACUCUGUAAUUCAGACAUCUGAGGUGGGGAA